UACUCUGUGCGAUUCCAAUGUUUUGAAAUCAAUCUCUCACCUGUAUUAAUGGAACGAUAACAUGGCAGCGAUAAUGUUAUAGAUAAAACGAUUGAUAUACAGCUCUCAUUCUCAGUUUGACACAUUUUGGGGGAAGAACUUAACAGCAGGGCUGCUAUGUUUUUGAGAAAUAUUUCGGCACAUCGUUCUGCAAUAAGGAACCUAUCGUUGAUCAAGAAUCUGCAACACAAUGAAAGAACUUAUAGAAAUUCUUUUGGUAGCUGGAGCCAAGCAAAUGCAUCUUCAUUUUCCCCGAAGAGAGCUUUGGUACUGACAAAGCUAUCCCGCUAUGAAUUUGAGAAGCUCAGACAUAAAAAUCUUGAUGAAGCACAAUUGGAGAAUACCUUAAGAAAGCGAGGGUCUGAUUACAAUAUGCUACUCUACCAUCAUACUCUCCAUAAAAAUUGUGAAGCCAUGGUGAAAAACACCUUGGAGGAAAAAAAUAUAGAAACCAAAGUUGUGACAAGAUUUGACUAUAAUGAAGCAAACAUCAACUGGGCUGAUGUCAUCUUUACUGCUGGAGGAGAUGGAACUUUUUUGCUUGGUGCAAGCAAAAUUCACGAUCCUGAAAAAACGCUGAUCGGUUUCAACAGCGAUCCUACUAGAUCAGAGGGCUAUCUCUGCCUUCCAAAAAAGUAUUCAAACAACAUUGAGAAUGCAAUUGAUAAAUUACUGAAGGGAAAAUUUCGCUGGCUUUUUCGAAAGCGUAUUCGUGUGACGCUUAUAGGAGACAAAAUUUAUGACAUGCCUGUUGAGCUGCAUGAUCAGCAACUUAGUCAGUUAGAAAACCGGUUUCUGGAGAUCACUGAGGAACGCGACGAGGCCCCUAAAUUAGAAGAAAACAAAAAAAGCAAACGACGAAUCUUACCUGUAAAGGCGCUUAAUGAAGUAUUUAUUGGGGAAGCCCUCUCUGCGCGGGUAUCUUACUACGAGCUUGCAGUAGAUGGAAGCGAGCGCACGAAAGUUAAAAGCUCGGGACUUUGCGUUUCUACUGGAACGGGAUCAACUUCCUGGACUUUUAAUAUUAAUAAGCUUACCCAUCAAAGUGUGAGUGAUCUUAUGAAACUUAUUGAAGAAGAAACAGGUCUACCAAUUGACUAUAAGAAUCAGCGGCUCAUUGAUCGCAUUACUGCAAAGUUUAACGAUAACCUCAUUUUCGGACCUGAGAUAUCAUUGAUGGGAUACACUAUCAGGGAUUCGUUAUCAGAUGGAACACUACCAGUUCCUGGAGAGCGGAAACCACGGGGAUUCGCCAAGCAACUCGAAAUCCGCUCCCGUUGCUUUGACGCCUCUCUGGUCAUCGAUGGUGGACUGUCUUACUCUUUUAAUGAUGGAACAAUCGCUAUUCUUGAUAUCGUAGAUGAUGAUGCUUUGCGAACAGUCGUCCUAAAUGAACCUUAAAGGAUCUAACUAAAGUGACUUGUGUUCUAGCAAUUCCCUUUGUUCUACACAUGUAAAGAAACCUUAUUUAUGUGUCAAUGCAAUCCAAUAGAUUUGUUCAUAUACU